GAAGGAUUGAAAAUGACAAAGAGCAUGGGAUGUUUUGAACUUAAAAGAUAGAGUUGAAACAUAGACAAAAACAACAACACAACCCUUUAUAGUACACUUGAUUUUUUCUUUUGGUAACAUUAGGAAUAGUUAACAUCUCUUUAUAAUCAAAUCAAAGUGAGGACAAACUUGGAGAACACACAAACAAGAAAACCAACCUAUCUUCACUCUUCACAACAUAACAGAACCACAAAUGCUUGUAAGAGAAAGCCUUAGAAAAACCAAAUUCUUACUUCAAAAAACCCUCAAAAACUUCAAAUGUAUCAUCUUCGGAGGGUCCCAAAAACUCCCCAGAUCUCUUUCCUUCAAACCAUUCAUAGGUCGAACUCGAAGCAACAACAAUAGCGCAAGAACAACCUACACAAGUGAUCAAUUCUACAACGAGUUUUACGAUAUUCUUCAAUCCGAUCUCAAUAGAAUGAAUCGAAACGGCGAGACUAAACCAACGGAAGAAGAAGACGCUGCUGCAACUGCAAGUAAUGUAAAGCAUGUGAGCUUUGUUAAACAAACUCCACAAAAGAACAGUAUUGAAAACAUCGCGACGGAGAAGAAGAAGAACAAAGGGAAGAACAAGAAUGAAGGAGUUCAUGAAUUGGCAUUGAAGAUGAAGGAAUUGGAAAUGAAUGAUUCAGGUGAUGUUGAACAAGUUCUUGAUAUAGAAGAAGCACUUCACUAUUAUUCUCGUCUUAAGAGUCCGGUUUAUUUAGAUAUUGUGGACAAGUUUUUCACUGACAUGCAUUCUGAGUUUUCUGUUUCACAAUCUUCUGUCGGAAUCAAACAUUCUAAGACAAAAGGAAGAUUUGGAGCAAUAAGGUUGUAGAUAAUAUAAAUCUUAAUUCUUGUUUGUUUGGUGUAUAUGAAAUGUGUUUUGUUUUUACUUUUUUUUUUUUUUUUUUACUUUUGGGAUUGUUAUGUUGAAGGGUUUGAGUUUGUAUUUUUUUUCUUCUGGUUAGUUGAUGAUUGGAUUUAAUUUAUAUUUUCCAUUGAUCUAUAAUGAAUUGCUUAUACUUUUUUCCA